GAAGACAGAAGCAAACAAGAAAAAUGAAACACUUUUCAAAGGAAUGACUUUUGGCAAAAAGAUUCAAUACAUUUACGAUCGCAUAACACUCGAACCCAUGAUCACUUGUAUCUUCCUACCGAGUAUGCUGUUAGAGUUGAGUGUACAAAAUUUGAAUUUGGAAAAAGCGUGUCGUGUGAAUUUAAACUAUAAUCAAACGGUUUGUGAUGCGCUUCGUGUACGGGAUACAGCACAUUAUGCCAACGAAGAAGAGGCGGUUCAAAAACUCGUCGCUCAAAUGACGGGAUGGAAAAUGGCGAUAAAUAGUGCAUUACCAUGCUUACUAAUUCUUUUCUUCGGAUCUUGGAGUGAUCGACAUGGGAAGAGAAAACCGUGCAUCUUAAUUCCAUUAUUCGGAGACAUAUUGAUGGCAUUUUCACUGCUAUUUUGUGUUUAUUUCGAUAAAACGCCCAUUGAAUUAGCACUUUUCGUGCAAGUUUUCUUUACGGCUAUAACAGGCAGCGAUUCUACAAUGUUGGUGGGCAUUUUCAGUUACAUGGCCGAUAUCACUAACGAAAAAGAACGAACUUUUCGCAUUGGAAUCAUCAGUUUGGUCUAUUCCGUGAGUGUUCCCUUCGGAAUGGCAUUCAGCGGAAUUUUGCUCGAGAGAAUUGGAUUCUAUGGCGUGUUUUCAAUGGCUGGUGCUUCGUACACAAUUUCCAUGCUUUAUGGCAUCUUUGUAUUGAAAGAAGUUCCGCCAAAGGAAAAGAACGUGCAGCUCAUCAAGAAAUCAUUUUUGGCCGAUUUCUUCGAUUUUGGCCAUAUCAAAGAGACAUUUCUGGUGGCAUUCAAAGCGCGCGAUAAAAAUCGUCGCACGAAAAUUUUGGCAUUAAUGGCAAUUAUUAUAAUUGUUGUUGGGCCACUAUAUGGUGAAAUGCCGUUAUUUUACUUGUUUACGCGUUACAAGUUCAACUGGAGCGAGGUGGAGUUUAGUUUUUUUUCGACAUAUAACAUGGGCUUAAAUUUGAUUGGAACUGGUUUUGUCGUCAGCGUAUUGUCGAGCAUGUUCAAAAUGGAUGAUUCGUUAAUCGGUUCGAUGGCUAGUAUUUCGAAAGUCCCAUCGAGUUUGGUGUAUGCAUUUGCACAAGUUGAAUGGCACAUGUACAUCGGGCCGAUAGCUGAGAUAAUCAGUGGUGCUUCAUUCAUUGCAAUGCGUUCGUUGGCGUCGAAAAUGGUGUCAAGCAAUGAACUAGGAAAGGUUAACUCACUCUUUGGAAUUAUUGAAUCGAUUGCACCGCUGAUUUAUUCGCCUCCUUUGGCUGCCAUUUAUUCGGCCACUCUAACAAAAAUGCCGGGAGCAUUCUUCUUAGUCGGUGGAAUUAUGUCCAUCCCUGGCUCGUUGCUAUUUCUAUGGAUUUACAUGAUAAAUCGGCCCGAGGCAAAGGAGAAAGAAACGACCGACACACCAGCUGACGUACAGAAAUCGGCCGAUGAACAACAGUACGAGAUGUAUUUACAAAAUGAGGGCCUCUUUGUGAUAUCUAAUAUGAAAGGCUUGUAAACAUAGCGCCAUUGUGAUAAAGAAUUAGUGUGAAGUGUGAUACAAAGCGGUGAUGUGUAUAAUAAUGUGCAGAUACAACGAUUACUAUUGAGCUGUGCCCUUCAAAUAUUUUGUCUUAAGUUAUUUCUCAGUUAAUGAAUAUUACAUGAUACCUUGAUAUCAAAAACAAAUAUCAUAUUUUUUGGUUUUGGACAUUCUAAGCUUUUGUUUCGUUCUAUAGUUUAUAAUCCCAUCCAUAUCAUUGAAGAUACUAUAUAUACUGGAAAGUACCAUUAAAAUCGUACUAGAUAUAGCCAGUUAGGAUACA